AUGGUUCGCGAAGAACCUCUCGAAGAGGAAAAUGCUGAUCCAAUCCCACCGCCACAGCCAGCAUGGAGGGUGGUCCGGGAAGAUGACGAAUUGGAUCCCCGGAUAGAGGCAGACAUGGCAUUAGAACCAAUGGAGGAGGUUGAAGAGGUGUGCAUCAACUUCAUAGUGAGCUCAAAAGGGAUAGAAGCCAACCCGGAUAAGAUCAGAGCAUUGAUCGACAUGCCAUCACCAUGGAGACAUAAAGAUGUUCAAAGUCUGAUAGGAAGAAUAGCAGCUUUGAGCUGUUUUGUGUCGAAGUCCACAGACAAGUGCAUCCCAUUUUUCAACGUACUCCUCCGAAACCAGAGGUUCGAGUGGACGACUGAGUGUGAAGAGGCUUUUCGAAAAUUGAAGGAACAUCUGGCCCAGGCGCCAAUCUUGUCAAAACCGGUGGAUGGGGAACCGCUGUACCUAUAUUUGGCAGUAUCAGAACAUGCUAUCAGCGCCGCAUUAGUGCGAGAAGAGGGAAAGGUCUAA